AUGACAUCUUUUAAAGGUGACAGACUAGUUGUAAAUAUAAACGAUGAUAAUGAUGAUGACUCUAAAUCUUCAUUAUUAGAGGAGUUUAAAAGUAGCAACAAGUUGGAUGGAUUUCAUAAUAAAAAGAAAUCUAAUUACAGAAGAUGUUUAGAUUUUUUUAAAAAGUUAUUAUUACCAGUUGGAAAGAUGCCACAUGAAGAUAGAUUAAAUAUGGAUUGGUUACAAAAAUGGAGAAAAUAUAAUAGGUUCCCAUUUAAAUUAUUAAUACAUUUAGCAUUAACUGUUUGUUUAACAACAACUAUAUUUUUACAAACUGGAGAUUUAACAGUAUAUUCAGUUGGAAUUGAAGCUACAUGGUAUAAUAUAUUCUUUCCAACCGAUUUUCAAUAUGAAGGUGAUUAUGGUGCAAAUAUUAUGUAUUUAUACACUAUAAAUGAAACGAUUUCAAUGAUAAAGGAUAAUUUAGAAGCAUAUAAUUCAUUAGAGGAUACAUCAGUAAAUAGAUUUCAAGUUUAUUCACCAACGAAUGGAGAUUUCUCUCCACCAUAUAAUGCAACUAUGACUAUUGCUUCCUAUAAACAUUGUGAUCAAGUUUUUGAUACAUCUUUAGUAAAUGCUAAUACUGCAACUGAAACAAUAGCCUAUACAAUAUCAUCUGAUAAUUUAGGUCCAUUUCAAUCAUAUAUUGAUAGUGGUAGUGGUAAUGAUAAUGAUAAUGAUAGUAAUAGUAAUAGUAAUAGUGGUAAUCAUAAUUCAGAAACGAUUCAACAAUUAUUUUAUUGUAUGAGUGAAAUGAAGGUUAAAUAUAGUUUUACAAAUGUACACUUACAAUAUGAACAUCCAGUUGCAUAUUUAUGGGAUGUAUAUGUUAUAUUUAAUAAUAUUGAACAAGCUGGUAGAAUUGAGUUAUCAAUUCAUUCAGAGAAAACUAGAAUUUCAGAGCCACCAUAUGGAAAGUUAUUACAAUCUUCAAAGUUAAUUUUAGAUUCAUUCAUUAUUGUUCUAUCAAUUCUUAGUCAAAUUUUAGCAUGGAGAUCAUUUGUUUUCUCCUUUAAAACUUAUCAACGUACAAAGAGACUAUUGAGAAGAAAUUCAACUAGAUCACUUUUAACUGUCAAUUGGAAAUCACUCAGUUGGAAAACCAAAUUAAGAUUCUUUAAUCUUUGGUUUGUACUUUGUUUAAUUAGUAAUGUAUUGACAAUUGCUGGUGCCAUUUUGGAUUUCUUUGAAGUACCUGGUACCGUUAGUUCAACUGCAACCAAAGUAUUGAUUGGUCUUGGUACUUUGUUAUCUUGGAUUAAUAUGAUUAGAUAUUUAGAAUUUGACACAAAAUCAACUUCUUUAAUUCGUGCUUUAAUCAAUGGUUUACCAGAGAUAAUUCGAUUCUCGGCUGGAAGUCUCCCAAUUUUCAUUGGUUUCUGUUUAUUUGGUUUAAUGGUUUUCUCUGAGCAUACUCUAAGAUUCGCUUCAUUUGGUGAGGCUGCUAUCACUCUUUUCGGUUUACAAAAUGGUGAUGAUGUUCAAGCAACUUUUCGUGCAACUGAAAAAGAUCCUAUCAUUUCAAAAAUGUACUUUUUCGUAUUUGUCUUCAUCUCUGUCUAUUGCAUUUCCAAUAUUUACAUUGCAAUCAUGGAAUCUUCUUAUUCUCGUUCAAUCGGUAUCAAAUCAAAAUUAGAAAAGAAAGCAAAAGAAAAAAAGAAAUUAAAAGAACAAUAUGGUGAUGAAAUUAAUUUAGAUGAUCAUCUUUGGAAAACACUUUUAGGUUUAAAAGAAGAAAAACUUGAUGAUGAUGAUCCAAAUUCUAAUUUCAAUGAUGAUGAUGAUGAUGACGAUGAUGAUGAUCAAAGUCAAUCAAAUCUUUUAAAUGAUGAUGAUUAUGAUGAUAAUGAUGAUGAUUUAGAUGAUAAUAAUAAUAACCCUAAUAAUAAUAAUAGUAAUAAUAAUAAUAAUAAUAAUAAUAAUAAUAAUAAUAAUAAAAAUGACGAUGACACUAGUAGUAAUAUAAGUGGAAUUCAAAUGAUAUCAUCUUCUAAAAAGGAUAAAAAAGUUAAAAAAUCAAAGAAAUCAAAAUCUCCUCCUUUACCGCCAUCCAAACCACACUCCCAAAUAAAUCUUACUGAAUCACAAAUUAUUGAAACUGAUAGAGCUGUAUCAACAUUUGAUACAAAUGCAAUCAUUGAAGAUAUUUCAAAAGUGAUCUUUGAAAGACAAUUGGCCUUUAACAAAGAGAUUCAAAAUUUAAUUAAAAAUUCAAUUCAACAAAGACUUCAAGAUUUAGUUGAAAAUCGACAAAUUUCAAUUAAUAAUCAACAAUCUGAUAAUAAUAAUAAUAAUAAUAAUAAUAAUAAUAAUAAUAAUAAUAAUAAUAAUAAUAAUAAUAAUAAUAAUAAUAAUAAUAAUAAUAAUAAUAAUAAUAAUAAUAAUAAUAAUAAUAAUAAUAAUAAUAAUAAUAAUAAUAAUAAUAAUAAAUAA